AUGAAGUUCUCAAGCAUCGCAUGUGCGGCCUGGCUGGUGCCGGCCACCCUCGCCUUCGGACCGGUUCCACUCUCCCCACGUCAGGAUACGCUUCAGACCAUCACAGACAGCUAUCUUUUUGAUAUCUCGCUCAGCCAGUUUAUCACCUACCGCAACGCGAAAAACCCGGCCACCCUAGACUGGACUUCCGAUGGCUGCAGUGAUUCGCCUGAUAACCCCCUAGGCUUCAACUUCGAGCCUGCAUGCUACCGUCACGAUUUUGGUUACACGAACUAUCGUGAACAGUCCCGCUUCACCAAGGCGGCAAAGGCCUCUAUUGACACCAACUUCAAGGCCGAUCUCAAGUUCCAAUGCGAGUCCGAGACGCUCGAGUCUGUUUGCGACGCUCUGGCAGACGUGUACUACACUGCUGUAAAGCUCUUCGGUGGACAGGAUGCAACAAAGCGUGCAGAGGACGUGGACGCCGAUGCACUGGCGGAGUACGAGGACGCGGUGGCCGUCUACAACCAGCUUGUCGCUGAGGCCAAGGCAAAUGGUCAAAUCCCAUCGUGA